GAAGAAGAAGAACGUAUCAGAAGCUCUGUUUCUGUUUUGUCAACAAGUUUCUGAUUUUGUUUAAGUUCAGCUGUCUUCCGCAUCUUCGCAUCCGAUGUCCAUGAUGGAGGUGGACCAGAUGCCUCUGGCCGACGUGGUCUUCGUAAUCGAGGGCAGCGCCAUCAACGGGGCCUACAUCAACGAGCUGAAGACCAACUACAUUCUGCCGACUCUGGAGCACUUUACGACUGGCUCUAUUGACGAACGAGAGUAUCUGAUUGCGGAGCGCUUCGCCACUCUUUACGGAAUUGUGGUCUAUCGGACAGCCGCCAAUCUGCUGGAACCCGUUUGCUCCACCUAUGGCCCCUUCUUGCAGCCACAAAAGGUAAUGGAGACCAUCGAGCGCCUGCCGCUGGUCGGCGGCGGAAUGGAGUCCUGUGCCCACAUGGCUGAGGGAUUUGCAGCAGCUCACGGCUGUUUCGACGACUUUGCCAAACAUCGUCAGAUGAUUGACCAGACCAGCGUUCAGCGCCACUGCAUCCUUAUCUGCAAUAGCCCGCCCUACCAGAUGCCAACUACAGAGUCCUGGAAGUACCAGGGCAAAACUUGCGAGCAGCUGGCCGCCUUAUUCAACGAACAAAAGAUAAAUCUCUCGAUCAUUGCUCCCCGAAAGAUGCCCGUGCUCUUCAAGCUCUUCAUGAAGGCCGAUGGGGACCAACCGAUCACGAGCAAGAACUACGCGAAGAAUAUUCGCCAUUUGGUCUUGCUUAAAGGUUACAGCCUUAAGGAGCGGGCUCCCAGUCCGAACAGUAUGGGUGCCCAAAUGGCUGCGCCAAACGCAGCUCAGGCUGUUGCUCAGCAGCAGCAACAGCAACAACAGAAUCCUGCGGUCCAGCAGCAAACAGGUGGCGGAAUGCCUAUGGACACUAAUCCUCCGCAGCAGCAGCAACAACAACCGCAGCAGGGAAAUCCGCAACAGCAACAGCAGGUGUUGAACAUGAAUCCGAUGCAGCAGCCCCAGCAGCAACCCGGUCAGAAUCCCCAAGCGGGACUCCUCAAUCCUCAGCAGCAACAACAACUCAUUCAGCAGCAGCAGCAGCAACAGCAGCAAAGUCAGUUUGUGCCCAACCAAAUGCAGAAUCCAAACUUUCCAGGUCAAAACCGGUGGAUGUAUCCGAACCAGCCAGGCCAACAGCGUCCUCCGUUUAUGCAGGGUGCCGGCAAUGUAGGACAAGGUGGCGGAAUGCAGCUGCAGCAGCAGCAGAACCCCAACUCGGCAUUAAUCUCACGCAUCAAUGCACCACCACCCAACCAAACUGUGAACUCCCUGCAACAGCAGCAGCAGCAGGCGCAACAGCAGCAGCAACAACAGGUCCAACAGCAGCAGCAGCAACAGCAGGCUCAACAGCAGCAACAACAGGCCCAGCAGCAGCGGAUGCAGAUGAUCAGCCAGCAGCAGAUCCUAAACCACCAACAAAUGCAGCAGCAGCAACAACUGGCGCAGCAGCAGCAACAGCAGCAGGGACAACAGCAACAAGGAAAUCCAAACAACCCCGGGAACAACAUGAUGCCGGCCGUUUCAAAUGCUGGAAAUAUGCCCAAUCCGCAACAACAACAGCAACAGCAGCAGCAGCAGGUGGGCCAGCAAGCCAAUCCCCAGCAGCAGGGCAAUCCUCAGCAGCAACAGCAGGCGAAUCCGCAGCAGGAGCAGGCUUCCCUGAGAGAAAAGAUUUGGACGGGCAUUUUGGAGUGGUCGGAGAAACCAAAGUCAGAUCCGCAAAAAAUUCCGCACACGCUUCAGUGCACGGUGUGCACCAAUAUCAAGGACGGAGAGCCAGAAAUCAAAGCCGAAAACUGGCCUCCAAAAUUGCUGAUGCAGCUGAUGCCCAAGCACUUGGUGGGCAACAUUGGAGGGCAGUUCCUAAAGGAUUCAAAGAUGGUCGUUUUCCGGCCAACACCUGGAGAGGCGCUUGAUUCCCUCGCCAAGAUGAUGACGUCCGGGUACGCCGGUUGCGUCCACUUCUCGUCCAUUCCCAACUCGCCAGCAUGCGAGCUCAAGGUCCUCAUUCUUCUGUACACUCCGGAUCGCAAUGCGUUUCUUGGGUUCAUACCCAACAAUCAGGCGAUGUUUGUGGAGCGACUGCGAAAGGUUAUCCAGCAGAAGCAGCACGGGAGUAUGCAACAGCAGCAGCAGCAACAGCAAAUGCUGCAACAACAGGGCAAGUCGCCCAUGGAGCUGCAACAGCAACAACAACAGCAGCAGCAGAUGCAGCAGGACAACUCCCAGCAACAGCAGCAGCACUACAACCAGUAUCAGCUGAACAUGCAGAUGGGCGGGGGUGGCCCAGGCGGAGGCCCCGGGCCUGGGGGAAUGCCCAUGCAGCAAAACCAGAUGCAGAUGAACAUGAUGCAGCAGCAGCGGAUGCCCCUUGGCGUUGGACCCGGCGGAGUGCCCAAUCCUAACUUGCAGCAGCAGUUGCAGCAAGUGGCUCCCAACGUGGCGGCCAUGCAGCAGCAGCAGCAGCAGGCGCAGCAACAGCAGCAGCGCAUGGUUCGCCCCAUGAUGAGCAACAACAACCCGGGACUGCGUCAGCUGCUGCAACACCAGACCACGCCCGUCAACCAGUUUCGGCCACAGAUGGGCGGCCAGAAUCCCAAUCAAAUGGGUGCCGGUGGUCCGAUGGUCGGAAAUCGAAAUUUUGACGACGGUAGUUAUGAGUUUAUGUAGGAAGUAAUGAUAGUUUUUAGAGGAAUUCGCAAUUUCAUACAAUUCAUUAUUUAAAUAAAAUAUAAAUAAUAUUCUAAAAGGUCUUAUCCUGUACUAUUAGAAUCCCAAAUAUA